AUGGACCAUUGUCUACCAGCCAAUGUGUCUUCCUCUAGACCGGUUCGGGAGUCUAUUCUCGAGAUUGACGACCAUUCAUGGAUCGUUGGAGACAGACUCAUCAUUUCUCUGCAGCCUGCUGUGCCUUCUGGGCCAUUUUGGAGUGAUGGCGCGGACGCAUUCUAUACCAUUUCUGAGCUAGCAAGCCAACAACCACAGCCGCAAACUCGCUCACUCUCACCCACGAGCCGAAUAAAACUAGUGCACGACGCAGGUGACGCCAACGCGGCUUGGAGAAUCGGCGAGGCUUUCCUGAAAGUGCAGAAGCAGUCCCACCAACAAAGGACUCGCGAACACACAACCCUAGACUUCCUCCAUGACCCCGCCAACGGCAUCGAGUUGACCUCCUCGAUCCCGCGAGUCUUGUAUCACAAUGAAUUCAACGAGCGGUACUACCUCAUGACGACUCGGGUAGCGGGAGAGACACUGGAGAAGGCGUGGCCGGCUAUGGGCGAGGCGGCUAAGCAGGCGUGCGUUACCCAAGUCGUGGAUACUUGCAAAGCCCUCGCUCGGAAGGAGAAUGAUAAGAUCUGUGGCAUCGACGGAGAUCUCAGCAAUGAAUGCAAAGUUGGCAUUAUUGAUUGGGAAAUGACUGGAUUUGUUCCCAAGGCCUGGAUUAGGACCAAGUUUUGUGUGUGUGGAGCUAUGGACUUUGACUUCACUGCCAUAGACGUAAAGAGAAGCAAGGAAUGGAGACAACGGGUGCAGCUUCAGCUCGCGCAAGAAGGAUUCUCAGAAGUUGCAGAAGCCUGGGAGAGACUAUUCUGGGAGAAUUAUCAGGCCAUAUACACUAAAUAG